ACCCACGUCUACGCCACUCUUGUGGCCAUCUGUAACACGAAGUUCCCAAAAGUGGGAGAAUUAAUACUAAAGCGACUCAUCAUUCAGUUCCGCAAAAGUUACCGAAGAAAUGACAAACAGGUGUGCAUUACGUCCACCAGAUUUAUCGCACAUCUCGUCAAUCAACAAGUGGCUCACGAAGUCGUGUCCUUAGAGAUACUGACACUUCUGUUGGAGAACGCGACCAACGAUUCCGUGGAGGUGUCCAUCGCUUUCCUCAAAGAGUGCGGCUCUAAGUUAGACGAACUCUCCCGACGCGGCUUCUCCGCCAUAUUCGAGAGGUUGCGGAAUAUCCUACACGAGGGACAGUUGGAUAAGAGGGUGCAGUAUAUGAUUGAAGUGAUGUUCGCCAUCAGGAAAGACAAGUUCAAAGACCACCCGUCAGUGAUUCCAGAGCUGGACCUGAUUGAGGAGUCGGAGCAGUUCACGCAUUUGAUUACAUUAGACGAACCGGCGGACAACGAAGACAAACUCAAUGUCUUUCAGUUCGACCAGAACUUCGAGGAAAACGAAGAGAAAUACAAAGCCAUCAGAAAAGAGAUUUUAGACGACGAGACCACUGAUGACGACGACGACGACGACGGCGACGACGAGUCCGGUGAAGACUCGGACGAUGAGGACGAGGAGGCGGCCGAAGCGACCGACUCGACCGCAAUCAUCGACAACACGGAGACCACGUUAAGAACGCUUCGGCGCGAUAUAUACCUCACAAUCCAAUCCUCGCUGGACUUCGAGGAAUGCGCGCAUAAGCUGCUGAAACUGGAGCUAAAGCCCGGACAGGUCGUAGAGCUCUGCCAUAUGAUCGUCGACUGCGCGGCCCAACAGCGGACUUAUAUGAAAUUCUACGGACUGUUAGCCCAACGGUUCUGCCAAUUGAACAACGAUUACGCGGAACCGUUUCAGGAGAUCUUCCACAGCUGUUACGACACGAUCCAUAGAUUCGAGACAAACAAACUGCGAAAUGUGGCCAAACUGUUCGCCCAUUUGCUCAUAACGGACGCCAUUUCGUGGAACGUCUUGUCGCACAUUAAGCUCAACGAAGAGGACACCACUUCCUCGAGUCGAGUGUUCAUCAAAAUCCUGUUCCAAGAGUUGAGUGAAUCCAUGGGUUUAGUCAAACUCAACGAACGCAUCAAAGACACGACACUACAGGAGGCGUUCGACGGCCUCUUCCCGCGCGACGACCCCCGCAAUACCAGGUUUGCCAUCAACUUCUUCACGUCCAUCGGUUUGGGAGGUCUGACCGACGACUUGAGAGACCAUUUGAAGGCAAUCCCGAAGACUGUAAUGCCUUUCGCUUCAAACGAAUUGAACAAAAAGCUAAAGAAGUCGAGUAUUCAUGAGUCGGACUCUUCGGAGUCUUCAUCCGAGAGCGAUGAGAGCGAGUCCUCGUCGUCGAGCAGCUCAUCCGCCUCUCACUCAUCGUCCACGUCAUCCGAGUCCCCGAAGACAUACAAACUCUCAUCAAAACGUACUCAUCGUUCGCGUCACUCGAAGACACACUCGAACUCUAAGAAAUACCGACAACGAGAUCACCACAAGAAAGACAAACACCACAAACGACAGGAAAAAGAGGCGAAGAGCUCGUCCCGAAAGAACGUCAAGGAUCACAAGAAGUUGGAGAGAUCCACGAGUUCGCGAAGACAUCAUAAUAAUCGAUGACUGAAUUUAUUGGACAUUAAAAUCGAUUAAAUCUAUAAUUAUUUUAUUUGUAAUCAUUAGUUAAUAAUAAGCCUAAUUAUGUAUUGAAUUAAUUAAUUAAAUGGAUUUUAUAUUUGAUUAAAAAAGUUCACAUUUUUCCAAUCAA